AUGUCUCCAACGAAACUCAAGAUCAAAGGCAAUAAGGCAUUCUCACUGUUAUCCAUCGAGACUGAUGAGGAUUUAUCAAAAACAUGGCGUUUAAUGACAAAAGUGAAGGAUGCAUUGGAGUAUGGAAUGCGCUUAGAAAAUUUAUCAUGGAGGCUUUGGUUCAUGCAUCACCUCAUGGUUCAUGAUCAAAAGUCUCACUCUCAAUUUAAAAAGUUGUCCACUGCCACAACAAAAAAAUUAGAAAUCGAAAAGGCUACGAACCUAAAAAGUUUAUCGGUUCCACUUUAUCGACCAAAGACUCAAGAAGUAAUGAUGGAAAAGAAAGGGAAGAAGAAGGCUACAAAAAAGCCGGUGUCUACUGGUGCAUCACAAGUAAAAAAGUCGAAUAAUGUAAAGAAUGUUAAAAUCCCCAAAAAUAUCGCCGAAUCAUCUCUAGAAAAUGAAAAUGAAAUCGCCGCCUCUUCAUCUCCCACAAAUACUCCCGACCAUAGUGCCGAUUAUGGGCAACCUGAUUAUGGAAAUAAUGGUGAAAUAAUUGCUACGGUCACCUCCACCUCAACCAAUGAUCAAAGCAGCGCUGAAUUAAUGGAUUUGGAUACUCUUGAUGAAAAUAUGACCUUAAAUAUCGUUGAUAACGGGACAAAUACGCUUGCUUCUUCUGUUAACGAGAAUACCCCUAGGUCGCUCGUAGAUAUUUUCAGAUUCAGCGAAGUUAGCCAAGACUUCUAUUUGCGUCAAUAUACAAAUGAUCAAGAUCCAUAUCAAGUCGUUUCAUUACCGGGGGUUUUUACUCCUUCGUUCGAUGCUCAAGCCAUAUUGGAUCCUAACAAUCAACAACCUACAAUGAUGUUGGACUUGAAUGAAGUCUUGAGUGUUCACCAAUUUUAUUCUUCUCCCGACUCAUCGGAACCGCCCUCCCCCACAGAUCUUGAUUGGUACGCCGACAAUGUUGCACAAAAUUCUGAUAUGCAGUCAAACCUGCAGUUUCAAACGUUGAAUAGUCAGUUGGUUGGUAGGACAUCUUCGUCCGGAUUGCAUGAUGCGGUCUAUGUUAGAAAUACCGAUCCUACGCCCGUUAAUGCUUCACACCUUAACAUCACGAUAACGUCAAUGAAUACUCCACACAAUACCCCGCUGAACACCCCUCUUAAUACUCCUGUCACCGGCUUAUCGAACAGUAGUCUGAUGAAUAGUGUUUACCUGAACCAAUUUCCCUCAGAGCAAAAUAAUACGAGUAAUGCAGGGUCUCUUGGGCAACAACAGCAGCAAUCACAACAAUGUACUUCGAAAUCUAUAGCGUCAACUUCUCCCUCUUGUUCGUCCACAUCGUCGAUAGAUACGUCAACCACUGCCGCUCGUCCUUCCGCUAAUGCCCCAUCAUCAACGUCCGAAAGUAGUAGACCUAAAAAGUCCCAUUCGAAUGGAGAACAACAAUGUUUCAAUUGCGGUGUGACUUCUACUCCCCUCUGGAGACGAUCGGCCAAUGACGAACUCUUAUGUAAUGCUUGUGGUUUAUAG